AUGAUAUCGAGGGUGGCGUGGGGGAAGGUGUUCAAUCGUUCAACAAGGCGCUCAACUAGGCAUCAUUUACAACUAUUUUUAUCUCAAAAUGGGCAAACCAAAGACCUAUUCCUGUACUGUUCAAGUAGCAGGACUCGAAGAAGACUUCGAAUGUAGCAUCACUAGGAAAACAAAAGGUGAUUACUUGUUUGAGAAGCUUUGUGAUUACAUCAGUCUUGUCGAGAAGGAAUACUUUGGUCUACGCUAUAUAGAUGAGAAGGAUGGCCAGUUCAACUGGUUGGAGUGUGACAAAGGAAUCCUUAGUCAAAUGAGGAAAGCACCACUUCACUUCUAUUUUGCUGUCAAGUUUUACCCAGACAACCCUACUACCCUCAGAGAGGAUAUCACAAGAUAUCACUUCGUUCUUCAACUAAGAGAGGAUCUCCUCAAAGGUCGACUACAGUGCUCCAACCCUAUACAUGCUUUGCUAGGAUCAUACAUUGUACAAGCUGAGCUGGGUGAUUAUACCUUUGAUAAUCAUGACCAUGGAUAUCUGAGAGACUUCAAGUUUCUAUCCAGACAGCCUCAUGAGGUGUUGAACAAAGUCGAGGAGUUUCACMAGAAGCACAUUGGCAUGUCUCCUGCUGAUGCAGAAUUCCAGUACCUUGACAAUGUCAGGAAACUUCCUCUGUACGGCAGAGAUCUCCACCAGGCUUGGGAUGCUGAAGGUCAAGCAGUGACAUUAGGUAUUUCUGCCUGGGGUAUUGAAGUGUUCCAUAACAACAGACUCAUGCAAAGAUUCAUUUGGCCAAAGAUCAUUACUAUUUCAUUCAAGAGUAAGAAGUUCUCACUCACCCUUAGAGCUCCAAGUGAUGAAGCUCAAUACAGUGCUACUACUGUUUGCUUUGCAUUUAGCAGUCGACGAGCAUCUAAACGCAUCUGGAAGGUUUGCGUGGAACAUCAUUCAUUUUUCAGACUCAAGACACCAGCACCAGUUCAAGCAAACAGUGGCUUAUUCAGAAUGGGAUCAAAGUUUAGAUACUGUGGCCGCACACAGCAUCAGGCACGUCAUAAUGAACUCGUUGAAACAAGAGACCCACCUUCAUUUGACAGAGUUUCAAGCAAACGAUUUUCUAUGAAAGUUUUAGACAGUAAUAGAAGAAGCAUGCUGAUUGAUGAUGACAGUAGAAAAGAGAAAACCAACAAAGCAUUGGACCAUGACGAAGACAAAAAAGAAGAAAAAAGAGAUGAGGAAAAAGAAGUACCAAAAGAGGUUGAACAAGAAGAAGAAAAGAAACCAGAAGCACCAAAAGAGGCUGCAGCACCAGCUGGACCAGUUGUAGCAAGCGAAACAUAUGUAUCUUCAGAAGCCUUGUUAGAGUCAGGGGAAGGGAAUACCAGCACUUCUGCAGCUUGUGYUGUCCAGUAGAUACAUCUUCCAAGGUCACUUAAUUACUCACUUCAGAAUUCAGUAUGAGGAGAUGAUGGUGAUCAUCAACCAAGAAAUGAAGCAUGAUCAAGCUGGGAGAUAAAAUGACAUUAUUCACUAGUCCAUAAACUAAAUCUUUAAUCAUUUUUAUUUUUAUAGAACAUUGUUCUGCUUUUUAAUAAUUGUAAAAAGCUUAGGUUUUUAAUUCAAGCAAAGACAAGUGAAACAAAAGGAAAACAUUUAAAGUUUUGUAGAAAUUGUUUUUAAUAGUCAUAAAGUAAUUUUGUUAUGUUUGGGAUGAUAUCCAAACUAGGACAAGAGGCAACUUUGUUUGGAGUGUUGCCAGCAAAUUGACUGUGGAAUUCAUUUUGCAUCCAUACAUCUGUAAUCGUGCACUAGGCUGCUUUGUUUACUCCGUAAGCUUGCAUUACUACAAUUAUUUUUUCCUGGCAAUAUUGAACCCCUGUUAUUUUGAACCUCRUUCCUGGUCCCCAAGAGGCUGCACAUAAUGAAACGCCACUGUAGUUUUAACAAAUCUAUGUGUGCAUGUACAUGAUUGUAUUCCUUCAUAUUACUGAAGUUAGUGCAUUACUGAUCUAUGUAUGUAUGUAUGGACAGAUUCCCUCAUAUUACUGAAGUUAGAGCAUUACUGAUCUAUGUAUGUAUGUAUUAACAGAUUCCCUCAUAC